GCGGAAGGACGAAAGAGACUCAGCGAGUUUGUGUCUUAAAAAAAAAAAAGAAACAGAAAAAGGUGGAAACAUCUUCACCGACACAACAGACACGGUUCCUGCGGUCCUGCGUCGCUCCACAGCGGGGUCCUGACUUUUUAGACAUCAUGGAGACUGCUGUGAUGAGCCUGCAAAGCUUAUACGAUAACCUGAGGACGCAAGUGGACCUCCUCAAUGACAACAUUGAACCCAACUUCAUUCAGAUGGCACAAAACUUUGAUGACUGCCGUCGCAAAUGGCAGAGGGCCGAGCAGGAUCUGGGGUCCUGCAAAGAGGUUCUCACCAAAACCGAGACGGAACGGGGAUCCCUGGAGGUCAAACUGAAACACGCCCGCAACCAGGUGGAUGUGGAGAUCCGGCGCAGACAAAAGGCUGAGGCCGACUGCGAGAAGCUGGACCGUCAAAUUCUGUUGAUUCGCGACCUGCUGACCAGCGAAGGAUCCAGCAACAGCAUCCAGCUGAGUGCAGAGCAGCGCUCGGCUCUGGCCUUCCUGAACCCGAACUCUCAGGCAUCCACCACUCUGAAUACCAGCCGACGACUGAAAACGAUAGACGAGUCCGCCUCCAUCUUGUCAGAUAUCAGUUAUGACAAAACGGAUGAUUCUCUUGACUGGGACUCGUCCAACGUGAGGACGGUGCGUCUCAAGAAACGAGAAAAAAGGCGCUCUUCCAGGAACCGAGUGGAUGGUCCUCCACUUGCCUCCAAACGGAGUCGAUCAACAGGCAGAACUUCAGAGAGGGGAAAUGAGACUCUGGUUACAAUGACCACAGUGACUGUCCCUGCUGAUGGAGGACCUGUUGAGGCCAUUUCUACCAUUGAAACUCUUCCUUACUGGACUCGCAGCAGGGGAAGGACUGCUGCCAUGGAGUGGGCCUCUGAAGCUGUCCCGUCUGUGGAUGUCUUCAAACAGCCGAGCGUCCCUGAGGUGGAGCAGAGACAAGCGCCCAGCACUCCUCAGAGCACCGGAGGUGUCCGUCUCCACGAGUUUGUCUCCAAAACUGUCAUUAAGCCCGAGUCCUGCGUGCCGUGUGGAAAGAGGAUCAAGUUCGGCAAGAUCUCACUGAAGUGCCGCGACUGCCGGGUCGUCUCUCACCCCGAGUGUCGCCAGCGUUGCCCUCUGCCAUGCAUCCCCACCAUGGCUGGCACCCCGGUCAAGAUCGGAGAGGGCGUGCUCGCAGACUACGUCCCCACCACAUCACCCAGGAUCCCUCCUCUCGUGGUCCACUGCAUCAGUGAGAUCGAGCAAAGAGGCCUGCAUGAGGCUGGACUGUAUCGUCUGUCCGGGGCCGAUCGUACAGUGAAGGAGCUGAAGGAGAAGUUCCUCCGCAGCAGGACCGUUCCCGUGCUGAGCAAAGUGGACGACAUCCACGCCGUCACCUGCCUCCUCAAGGACUUCCUGAGGAACCUGAAGGAGCCUCUCCUCACCUUCCGCUUGAACCGCACCUUCAUGGAGGCAGCCGAGGUUUCAGAUGACGACAACAGCAUCGCUCUGAUGUACCAAACCAUUAGCGACCUGCCAAAGCCCAACAGAGACACGCUGGCUUUCCUAGCCCUUCACCUUCAGAGAGUCGCUGACAGUUUGGACACUAAGAUGGACGUCAGCAACCUGGCUCGAGUUUUUGGACCAACUAUCGUGGGUCAUGCUGUUGCCAAUCCAGAUCCAAUGACAAUCCUGCAGGACACGAAGCGCCAGCCCAGGGUGGUGGAGCGGCUGCUGACUCUGCCGGUGGAAUACUGGGCCCCCUUUGUGAACGUGGGAAACGAGCAUCCGAACUUGGACCACCUGAUCAUCGAGAAUGCAAACUGCUACACCCCCGAGAGAGUGAGCAUGCUGGGACCUCUGACCACGCCGGAGCACCAGCUCAACAAAACCCCGUCCACCAGCUCCUUGUCUCAGCGCAUGAAGUCCUCUCUGACUCCCAGGUUUGGGAGCAAGAGCAAGUCGGCGGUUGCAAUCGGCCGCCAAGGAAAGUUCUUCGCAUCACCGCUCCUCAAAUAGAGCGGCUACAUAAAACUUUUUAUUCAUACAGCAAUACUGAAUAACUCGUAGCCAGGUACUGCUUUAUUAACAGCUCCCAUUGCCUCCAUGUUAGUCUUCCUCUUUAUACUUAUAAUCAUUUUUAAAGGUUCACAAUGUUAAGAGUAUUUUCAGGAUUUUACAUGUAUUUUUUUUUUACAAAAUAGCAGCUUUUCCCAUCUAUGCACACUUUUGACUUUAGACAAUGCUUUUGCAAAAAAGUUGAACGUGACUCAUCUUAACGCAUGUGGAUGUUCUAUCUAUAUAUAUAUAUAAAUAUUUGCUCUUUUUAAGAGGUGUGCUCAUAGAUGAUGAUGUGUACUGUACCUGCAGUUUUGUUUUGUGACGUGCUUCUCAAACCUAAAUCAUUUCUCUUGAGCUCUUCGGCCCAUGUGUCACUCAGAGGUUGAAGAGCUCAUUUGUAGGCAUUUCAUUCUAGGUUUGUCAUUUUGAUGUUUGUAUUUUAUUUCUGUUUCUAUCAAGUUUUUGGUUGUCUUCACGCCCCCCCCCCCCAGUAAUUUGUACUGUAAAUAAUCAGAAUUUGAGUACAAGCACUAAAAGAGCUGAGUGGGAAUAUCUUGCUCGUCGUUUCCAGCUCUGGGAGAAAGAAAAAGAAGUUGCUGUUAUUCAGUUUUACAGUGUAUUAUGCACUGCUGGUGAACAUCAGGAUUAUUGUUCACUUGUUUAUGUCUCGCGCUGUAAACUCUGUCGGGUCCUUUUAGCUCCUCUGAUAUUUCAAGCUCUGUGUGAUGUUUGUACCAUGGGAGGUUUCUUUUGAACUAUUCAGUGCAAAAAGGCCAUUACUUUGUAAGAUUAGCCAGUUAAGUUACUGUGGCAUUAUUUGAUUAACUACCAGCACAGAUUUUGUACUCAAAUAGACUCUUUAGAAUUCAUGUUUGCUUAUAAAAAUACAUUUAUAACAUUUA